GAGAAAUCAUGCAAGCCAGAGAACAGGUUUGGAUAUCCAACAUGUGAUUAUGCUGAGAUAGGGUGAAGGAGCCUAGGGCAGCAAACAAAAACACUAAAAGCACUUUAAAACAUCUUGUGGUGUUGUGCGGAACAGACCUUCUGAUAAGAUGGUAUCUGCAGGAGGGCCUCACUUGCAGAGUGCCGUGAUCGACUGGAUAUAUAAGGGGUAAGACGGUCUUUUAGGUAUCCUGGUCCCAAGCUGCAUAAGGCUUUGCACAUCAAAACCAGAACCUUGAACUUGACCCGGUAGCUAAUGGGCAGCCGGUGGAAUCCUUUCAGCAUUGGGGUGACAUGUUGGCGAUACUUUGCCCCAGUGAGCAGUUGCACAGUUGCAGCUUCCGGACCAACCUCAAGGGGAGCCCCACAUGGAGCGCAUUCAGGACAUUCAAAAGAAAAUACUUCUUCAUGCAGCACAUAGUUAAAAGUGAGGAAUUCCCUUCCGUAGGAGGUAGUGAUGGCCACCAACUUGGUUGGCUUUAAAAGAAGAUUAGACAAAUAUAUGGAAGAUGAGGCUGUAAAUGGCUACUAGCCAUGAUAGUCAUGUUCUCCCUCCAUGGUUAGAGGCAGCAUGCUUCUGAAUACCAGUUGCUGGAAACCUCAAGAGGGGAGAGUGCUGUUGCGCUCAUGCCUUGCUAGCAGGCUUCCCAUAGGCUUCUGGUUGGCCACUAUGAGAACAGGAUGUUGGACUAGAUGGGCCACUGGCCUGAUCCAGCAGGCUCUUCUUAAUGAGAAAACCAAGAUUUCAGUGUAGCCAGAUCCAGGAUUUGGCUCCAGUGUGUGACCAUCUCCCACCCUUAAAAACAGACAAAAAAGGUAGCAACAAAAAGUUCCUGCUCUUUCAAACUUACUUAUUAAUUAGUGUGAAACAUGUAAACAGUAGCCACACUAAUGCAAAUUCCAAAGGAAAUGCGGUUCAUUGUCCUCAUGUUUCAGGUUAGAAGGGGCUAUAGCUGAGGAGAGAGUGGCUUACAAUAGACUUGCAGUGUAGUUCACACUGAAUACUGCAGGUAUUAUGACUUAUGCAUGGCUUAUGAGAACACUGCAGUGUUGUCCAGUGUUGUCAGGCCCUCUAGUGCAAGUUGGGAAUUGGACUGAAGUUGAGAGAGGGAACAGUUCUGUUGCUUUUAUCCCCACGUUAAAGGUUGGGCUGGUAGUAAAUAACAAUCCUGCAUUGCAGACUGGAGGGCUGUGCUGAGAGAGAGUUAAUAAGUCGGAGGUUGGCCUGAGGCUGGUUUGAAUUCCUAGUAAAAGAAUCCAUUAUACCUCUCAGGUUGCAGGAAAGGUCAGUCUACUUAAACGGCCUCUCCAGAACUCCUCAACACUCGGUUGCAUGUAGAGGCCCUGUACUGGUUGGCUGGUGAUUUAUUUAUUUAUUUAUGGGGCAUGAAAUGAGAUCCAAGUUAGAGCAAGGCCUCCUAACUUUGAUGCUACUGUUUGUUUCUCAGCCCCUAAGCCAUAGGCUCUGGUAACAUACUGGGGAUACUUUUUUCCCCCUUUUGCAUGGCCCCUCUUGUGUAAUAGGAUAAUGUACUAACAUCUCCACUAUUGAUCUCUUCCCUUCUCAAACAGCCAGCAAGCUCCCUGUGCCUUCUGGCAGAUCGACCCAUCUAGUGGUAGCUUUCUCUGUGCAUAGGCAGAAUAUUUGUAAGACUUGCUCUCAGCUCAGUGUUACAUGGCAAUUCAGUAACCAGACUUGCAAGGCUUUGCAGUGCGAAUUACCAACCCAUGGUGUGAGGUUUUUGAAUAGUUAAAGCUGACUUCUUUCCCCCCAAACGGAUGCUUUUGCAUUCUUUCUACAUGUAAGGGCUAGUACCAUUGAGGAGGCCCAGCAUGUGUUCUGGAAUCAAGCUGGCUUUGGUUAUGUUAAGGAGAGGAUGGAUGAAGUGAAGACUCACUGCAGACCUAAGGCAAUGGGAGAUUCUUCACUUCAGUGCUCCCGAUAUCUUCAGUAUUGCAGAGCUACAAAUUUGUACAUUGAUUUAAGAACCCCAAAAAGAAACUAUGAUAGUAUUUUUUCUUCCUUUAGAUUUAAUGAAGACUUCUUCCAGAAGGGUGAAAUUGGAGGUCACUGCAAUUUAGACAUUCAAACUUUCCUUGCUGAAGGGCAGCGGAAGAGCCCUCUACAGUCUUGGUUUGCUGAGCUCCAGACAUAUGCAGAACUGAACUCCAGGCCUAUGGAAGACAGCAGUUGUGAUGUGAUAAUUGACAAGCCCACUUAUUUCAUGAAGUUUGAUGCAGGUGUUAAUAUGUACCACCAUUUUUGUGACUUUGUCAAUCUUUACAUCACUCAGCAUGUUAUCAACUCAUUCAGCACAGAUAUCAACAUUGUCAUGUGGGAUACUAGUGCCUAUGGAUAUGGAGACCUGUUCAGUGAAACAUGGAAGGCAUUUACAGACUACGAUAUAAUACAUUUGAAAUCAUAUGAUUCAAAGAGAGUAUGCUUCAAAGAAGCAGUAUUUACAUUGUUGCCUCGAAUGAGGUACGGCUUAUUUUAUAAUACACCAUUGAUCUCCAGCUGUCACGGUACAGGAUUAUUUAGAGCCUUUUCCCAGCAUGUGUUACACAGAUUAAAUGUCACACAAGAAGGACCCAAGGAUGGGAAAAUCAGAGUUACAAUACUUGCCCGAAGUACGGAAUACAGGAAGAUACUAAACCAAAACGAGCUUGCCAAUGCUUUGAAAACACUCUCAUUAUUUGACAUCCGAAUAGUGAAUUACAAGUACAAGGAGCUCAAAUUUAAGGAACAACUGAAAAUAACAUACAAUUCUGAUAUAUUCAUUGGAAUGCAUGGUGCAGGACUUACCCACCUUCUCUUUCUGCCAGACUGGGCUGUCAUCUUUGAACUGUACAAUUGUGAAGAUGAACGCUGCUAUUUAGACCUUGCAAGGCUGAGAGGUGUCCAUUACAUCACCUGGCAAAAGAAGGAUAAAGUGUUCCCCCAGGAUGAGGGGCAUCAUCCAACAUUGGGAAAACACCCAAAGUUUACAAAUUACGCCUUCAAUGUGGAAGAAUUCGUUCGCCUGGUGCUUUUGGCAGCUGAUCAUGUAUCGCAACAUUCCAAAUGGCCAUUUAGGAGAAAACAUGAGGAAUUAUAGGUCAAUUAUCAGGUUUCACAGGGUAUUUUUAAUACUGCAAUAUAUAAAAUGUAAGCAGUUUUGAUGUACAAUCAUUUUUUUUUCAUGAAGGGAAUAGGCUAAAGGAAUAGAAGUUGUAUGUUAUAGGAACAUAGGAAGUGUCUUAUACUGAGUCAGACCCCUAGUCCAUCUAGCUCAGUAUUGUCUAAACUGACUGGUAGUGGCUCUCUGGGGUUUCAGACAAGGAGUCUUUCCCAGCGCUACCUGGAGAUGCCAGGGAUUGAAUUUAGGGUCUUCUGCAUGCAAGGCAGAUGCUCUGCCACAGAGCUGCGGACCUUCCUCUAUGGUCCCCCCCCCCCGUGUUUCUGUAUUUUUAAUUUUCUUACUGUCAAUUCUCUUCCUAAUUUUACUUGAGAAAUUUGCAUUAUGCAAGAUCUAUUUAUUACGAUGACUUAAUGGUUGCACUACUUUCCUCCUGUUUAUUUUAGGGUUGCCUCCCUUAUUGCUUGAAAGGGCAACUGUUGCUUUAAAAUUGUGGAGUUAAAAAUAAAUGCAUUGGAUCCCGUGUUUCCUACUCCCUACUUUGAAAUCCUAUACACAUUUAAUUGGGAGUACAUCCCAUUGAAUUCAGUGAGACUUCAGAGCAGACUUGUAUAGGCUUGCACUCCCUGUUCUGUUUUUGCAAGGCACUCCGCAGCACUAAGAGUGACCAAGAAAAGAGAAUCCAACUGAACUCCUACGGGUUUUGAAUGGGAAUUGGGGCAAGAAAAGCAGAAUCUGGGAAGCCAAACUACACAGUACAUAUACCAUGAUUUUUAAAAAGCAUUCUUAAGCUGGUCACAUUUAUUUUGAAGAAAAGUAAGCCACAGAGCCUCCAGGGGGCAAACUUUGGGGGUAUGUAGGGUUUUGGUAAGAAGCCAGAACAGGGCCCUGAUCCAAAUUGAAACCACAUUAUGGAGCCAGGGCCCCGUGGCUGCUUUUUUGUCAAAAUAAAAGUGACCAGUUUAAGCAUGCUUUUAAAAAAGUGUGUUUAUCAUAACUUGUAGUUUGGCCCCAGCAUAUUCUCAUUCCUGAAGGUUUUAAAGCAACCCUAACUUGCUUCCUCAUCUUGUUUUUGUUUCUGUUGCUAUGCCCAUCCAUUUCAAAUUUAGAUUUGUUAUGUGCAAUUGUAAUUAACUAACAUAGCAAAUGACUGCCCCCCUUCCCAGUGCACCAUUGUGUAGCAAAUGUCAUAUUGCUCUCUCCCUACUGGUAAACUCUGAAUUUCAGAACUACUGUGCUGUGCAUGAUAGGAAUACUUUUUCUGGAGAGGAAGUAGGGUGUGCUCAUUUUUAUAGUCCCUGUAUUUUAAACAGUCCUGCUGUAAGGUUUGAAAACUGAGGGGGAGGGCAGCUAAACUAGGCACUGCAUAGAAAUGUGUUACUGUGCAUAUAUAUUUUUUUUUACAUGCAAACAUUUUCUAUAACUUAAUCCUUUAUACAUGAACAAUGUUUAUAUUUAAAGCUUUAAAAUAAUUUAACAUUUCAUAUUGUGGUUGCACUGUAGUGGUGCCUCAAAAACAAUACGACCAUGUGUACAUGUUUUAACACACUCCAAUUCUAAGCUCAUUCAUUUGGAAGCAGGUCCCGUUGACUUCAUUAGAUAUAUCUGUGUGAAUACUUGUAAUAAUACUUAUUUACAUCAUAGUAAAUGCUGAAGAUGAAGAUGUAUUGUCUCUCGCAUAUACCAACCCAUUGUUUUGCCAGCUGUGCUUCUCCCUCUCUGCCACACAUUACAUUUCUGCCCAUUUUUACCUUGCCCACUUAGUUACAAACAUGGAGAGUACUUGGUCAGUGUUACUUAGCUUGUUCCAUGAGCAAGUCAAAUAGGGUAAAAGACAACAGAGGUGAUUUGUUUUUAGUCCUUUUACAAAUUUUGUCAUCUCUUUGGCUGGUUUCCUAUUCCUGAAAUAUAUACAGAAACCUGUAUUACUUGUUUCAGUGGGUUGCACUCAGUGGAAAGUGCAUGGGGCAGGACUGGGAGAGGCUGGCUUCCUCGCCUCCUCCCCACAUAGCAGCUCCCCCAGUCCCUCCCAAUCAUCUUCUGAAGGUCAGAUGACCCUGCUGAAUAGGGUGGGCUAUGGCAUGGGGAGCUAAGAAGGAAAAGGAUCCUCAAAAAUCAGGCAGAGGCAAGUUGCCAGUUUUGUUUUGUAGGGAGUUGUGUCUUUUAUUUACCUAAUUUGGACAAGACUUUCCACUUGUGUAGUCUCCUUGACUUGGCUAGUUAACCACACUGGUAUCCUUCUAGACUUGUGUGUGCCUUUUCUAACAUUUUCCAGAGUGGUAGAGGUGUUCCCCUGGUGCAGCAAAACCAGCACAUUUUAUUCUGGCAUCAGCUUUUGUAGGGUUUUGGGGUGCUUCCAGUCUGUUGCUAUUUUGUGGGUGGGAUUCAGUUGCAUACCAGCAAAUUCAGGUUGUGCAGUUAAAGUAGAUUUGGUGCUCUUGUGCAACAAGCUCACUUUAAAGACAAACAAAACUAACAGUCUUUUUGCAGUAAGGAAAGUAACAGGAAAAUACACUGGAAAGUGCAGAAUGGCAUUUGCUAGAUGUGACAUCAUAUAAUUUCCCUGAAAACGUACAAGAACGGAUGUUCAGUAAACAGGUCGUAUGGAAGCGACCUAGUCCAUGAAGGCUCAUAUUGUAAUAACAUUUGGAAGUCUUAAGAUUCCACAAGACUGUUGUUUUCUAACAGUGAGUACAUUCUAUUUAGGCUUCUUGAUACAUUUGUUUUUACAUAUUUUCCCAAGUUACUAAAGCAAUCUUACCUUAGUGUUACUUAACAUUUUCCUUUUACACUUUUUCACUCGCAUAUUUUAUCGGCAGUUUUUCAUUCAAGUUUGAUAGCACUGCAGUGUUACAGUGUUGCACUGGGUUCUUUGAACCCAGAAGAGAAGGGUGGGUAUAAGGAUAUUCCAAGGCAGAGAGCUGUCGAUUACCUAGCUGCUUGUAGUGCCAUGAGUGCAAAGUAGCAACUCUCUAAAUACAGCUAGCUGUCUGUGGCACCAGUAUUAUAGUUGUCUGUUGUUAAUAAUAGAAAUACUGUGCAUUUAACAUGAUUUAUGGAACAAUCCUAUGUAUAUCUACUAAAGAUAUACAUAUAAACAUCAAUGUGACUCAUUCCCAGGUAAAUGUAUAUGGGUUUGCAGCCUUUAACUAAAUUUGUUUGUGUCCCUUGCAAAUAUGAGUACAAAACACACACGCACACACCAAGAUAAAUGUGUUGGCACAAACUUGCAUGGGAUAAAUACUUGACUUUCUGAAUGAGGUGGUCAGCAAAUGUUGCACCUUGAAUCAGCCCCCCAAGGUCUCAAGGAAGAGGCUGGUAUGCAAAAGCAAGAAAGUGUUAUAUUAAGUGUAUAUGCUUGAGUGGUAUGUAAAUGACAACAAUAAAUAUUACUAAGUUCUGUUUUGUAACAAUCUUAAGCAAAUUGAUAAGAGUGUUGACCUAUUUGCUAUUCCUGCCUAUUGAGGGUGUGGGGAAUGAAUUACUGUAAGAGCAGCUUGCAUAUAGGUCUGUUGUGAGUUGAAGCAUUGCAAAGUAAAGUUAGAGAUGCCUAAAAUGUAGUGAAUUAUGACACUAGUCUCUCCCUCCUUGGACCAAGGCAAUUGUCUGAGAAAGCUAUGUUUAUAGAACUUGAAAGGAACUCUAAAAAAAAUAGAUACAUAUUUUCAUAUGGAAAAAAUACUAUUCAAAAUGCCCUGUUUUUUAAAAUAAAAAAUUGCAUUUGUUUGUAUGCUUCAUUGUUAAGCAAAAAUUUAUACUGGUAGAUUCCAGAAUGGUUUUAUACAAGUUUUUUUAAAAAAACCUCACCAAAGUGUUGUUAACUUUGUAAAAUGCAGAAAUUUACUUGAGAGAGGACACCUUCAAAUAACUGUAACAAAGAACCUCUUGUUGGUUGACUAUUACUCCCAUCUCCUCUCACCAUUGGCCAUGCUUGCUAGGGCUAAUGGGAGUUGACGUCCAACAACAUCUGGAGGGCAACAGUUUUCUCAUCCCUGCUGUAAAUACUAGGCCUAUGCACAGACCCCCCCAUCUGCCCUGUGGCUCCAAUCCAGCGGGGAGGGGAUCAGGCUGACCAACCCUGGAUGGACCCAGGGACCACCCACCCUAGCUCAGAGCCACUCCCAAAUAAGUUGGAGGGCAGGGCUCAUGUUUAAUUAGGGUAAAAAAACAGAAGGGAGUGAUCCUGGAGGAUUGUUCCCCCAGCUCAUGAGUGGAGGGAGGAGCAAUCCUGCACAAUGUUGUUUUGCAAAGGGCUUUCCCUUAGCAACCAGCACCCUCACCCCUGGAGGAUCGCUGCCUCGGCUUAUCAGGCAGGAAGGAGAGCCGUGGCUGCCUCAUGCCCCGCCCUCUGACAGACCCAGGUCAUUCUGGGUCAUCAAAUCUGACCAGUAGCAAUCUGUGGCUUGGCUGAGGGUGAAAAACAUCAAAACAGGCCCGGUUUGGUUCAGGCCUUGGCCAAAUUGGGAGCACAGCCCUAGUAAAUACCUUGUCCACCACCUAUAAAACAAGGUACUGUCAAGAAUAGAGUUGCUUAGGGGGAGCAACUUUUUCUUUCUUUCUGGUCCUUCCAGUAAUAAUAAAUAAUGGACUGCAAUGAGAAUAAAAAAUGGCAGUGUUCAAUUUUUCAUUCAGUUUAUUGAAGUUCAGUUUUGAUGAACAAUUGGAGAAGAUGGUUGGAUAUGUCUGUCUGGAUGCUUAAUGACGAAAUGCAAAAUAAAAGUAUAGUCAUGCAUUUGAAAGUUAAGCGUAUCAUUGUACUAUGAUUUAAAAAGAUGUGAAUUUUACAGGCUUUUCCAUAUAAUCAUUCAUGGUCUUGAACAAAAAUUUGGCCCUUAAUGCACAUUUCAUCCAGUAGGAAACUCAAAUGAUUGGAAACUUUCAGUGAUACUUUGGUGCAUCUAAUGCACCAAGUGGGGUACAGUUCUUUGUGCUAUGUCCUGCAAAGGUGGUUUGCAUGUAACAUUAAGUAUUGGUGUACCAAGAGGAACAAGGAAAAGAAAGGAAGUAGAUACUAAUUCCCACUCCUGCAUCAGAUGGGAAUGGAAUAGUGUGGCAGUGGCAGUGGCUUCUGGCUAUGGCUUGGUUGGGGUGGUUGUGGGUUGUUUUUUUAUAAUCAGGAAAUGCCUUGAGCCUGGCAGAAGCCAAUUUGCUGGUAAGAGGUGACUUUGGAUAUUAUACAGAAGAGAGAGGGAAAGUGGGGGGUCUCACUUCUCUGGUGUGCCACCUGAUGUUAGAACUGGUGCAUCUCAUGCACAGUGAGAUUCAUGAGCUGUAUCUACAUAUGGAGUACAUGCAUUACACUGCAUGGUGUGUUGAGUUGCUACUUGCCACCUCUGAAGAGAGAGAAAGAGAAUAGCUUAGGACUUGCAGCAGGGCUGUGGAGUCGGAGUCAUG